GCGGGUCGUACCUAUAUUGUAUUUAUUUUCUUUAAUUUUAUUUUGCCGGUACAAGAAAUUUGUUUUUGUGUUUUUUAAAAUAAUUUAUAUUUGUAAUAAUUUAUGUAGACAUUUUGUUGAAUUUCUGUUGAUUGUUUUUGAGAAACCUGAAAUAUCCAUUAGGCAUUCAAUCUUCAAUGUUAACAAAAUGUUGGGCGACGACCAUUUGGGACUGAAAGUUGGAAAAACUGCUCUGACUUGGAUUUUAGGACAAACUAACGUUUGGUAUAUGUUGUACCAUUUUGCCCAUAAAGCCAGCAAAGAGAAUAGUUUCACCCAAAUCCAAUCGGACGUUUCCAUAUUGGACGAUUUGUUCAGUUUGGGCGGCGAAAGUGAACAGCAACAUAGUGACUUGGAGGAAUUCAGUAGAUAUUUACGAAACAAUAUUAGAGGUAAGAGUUUUAAAAAAAAAUCUGAUUAUAGAGACGAUGCAGUUUUAAAAACUUACUUCAACUGA